AUGAAGAACAAUCAAUUCCACUUUUGGAUUUUCGAAUUGCGAGAAAUUUUUAGAGAGAGCAAGAAUUGUGCCUAUUUCUUAGAUUCCUGGACGCAAUUCAAUUCAGCGAUAUCUGUCAUUCACAUUUUUUUGCAUCAAGAGAGUUUGAUAAAAGUCUUAGACUCCAGAAUUUGGAGUAUCCUAGUUUCACGUCAGUCACAGGGUUUAACAAGAAAUCGAUAUUUCACGAUCAAGAAUGUAGUACUUUUUGUAGUAGCGAUCCUUCUAUAUCGUAUUAACAAUCGAAGGAUGAUCGAAAAAAAAAAUAUUUAUUUGACAGGGCUUCUUCCUAUACAAAUAAAUUCCAUUGGAUCCGGCAAUGAUAGAUUGGAAGACUCAAAAGAUUCGUUCAAUAUCAAUAGGUUGAUUGUUCCGCUCCUGUCUGGUCCAAAAGAAAAAAAGAUCUCUGAUCGCUCUUUUUUCUCGGACAGAUGGUCCCAACUUCAUCUGGAUUUGAAUCCUACUGAGAAGUCCGCUCAAGAUCUUCAAUUAUUAAAGAAAGAAGAAGAUGUUUCUUUUGUUCUUUGGAGGAAAUUGGAAAAGAAAGAACUAGCCAAUAUAGUCAAGAUAAUCAUGUAUUUACAAAAUAAUGUCUCAAUUCAUCCUAUUUCAUCCGAUGGAGGAUGUGAUAGGAUUGCAAAGGAGAAACUUUUGACAGUUCAAAAUAAUAAUUCAUUCUUGACCAAAAAUCUAGUUUUUGGUUUAUUUCAUCUAUUCCAUGACCAGAAUAGGGGGGGGUACUUGUUACAUCGCAAUUUUCAAUCAGAAGAGAGAUUUCAAGAAAUGGCAAAUCUAUUUAAUCUAUCACUAACUAAGCCGGAUCUGGUCUAUCGUAAUGGAUUCUCUUUUUCUAUUGGGUUUUCUGAACCGGAAUCAAAAAAAAAAUCUUUAUUGGUUCUGCCGCGGCUUUUUUGA